AUCGUCACAAGUCGUUGGAUGAAGGGGACGAGGAAGCCGUGAGCGGAGAGGCCAUCAGUGCGAGUACAAGAAAGAAAAAAACAAGAAAAUAAAAUGGCGAUCUUUGCGUGUUGUACAUUUUCGUUCGGUGCGAUUGUGAACGGAAUUUUCGACUAGAAUCUGCUUCCGGAGCCCGUUUUGGCCGCUUGGACGGGUGCAGUUUGGCCAGGUGCCACCGGGGCAAUUGUGAGUUUUGGAAAAUUCUGCCUAGGAAGUGAACCGGAAGCGAAAAAUUGGCGAAUUCCUAGUGGGAAAGUGUUUCGAUUGGAAGAUUUUUGCUGACGGUAAGAAGAGACGACGGUGAUAUUUUUUAGCGAGUGAGUGAGCAAACGAAUGACCCCCCAAAUGCUAGGGAAAAAAGGGGACGCGUAAGUGAGAGAAGAAGAAGAGCCGUGUGGGGACCCGUGGAAUCCCAUCCGAGACAAGGUUCCAUGAUCGGCGGGUGCGUGAAACACUGCUGGCAAGUGGCAGACUGCGAAGGACGAAGAGGGCCUUGAGUGUGAACGGAUUUUUUAUUUUCUAGUGAAAAUCGUCGCGAAUUCAAAUCAGCACACACAAACAUUUUUAGCGUUCGGUGUGGAAUCUGUGCUUGGCGGUGUUAGAGAUGUUGGGAAGAAUCGGAGAUAAUAAUUGGUGCAAGAAUAGUGAAGGAUAGUUGGUUUGAGUUUUUUUUUUGUUACAGCCGGAACCGCUUCCGGAACAUAAACGGUGAGGACAAUGGAAUUAAGGGGGGCAGCAAGGUGUAUUUUCUAUCGUCACGUACGAAAGGAGUAAGCGAGGAAGAGAAUAGGAAAGAGACGGAACUUUGGAAGUGCGAGAGUGUCGCGGAACGUUUUGUUUUGGAUUUUGGGGAGCAUUUCUGGUGAAGUGAAGCAAAAAAAAAAAACAAUCGUGAUUGUUCAACCGCUGGGAGUUGUGUUUGAUGGAUUUUUUUUCCCGUUCUACAAAAUAUUAUUCCUGAAUGCAACCUGCCGCAACUAGUGCCCACGAUUAACCCAGCCGCGACGCUUCGCGACCCCCACCCAAGAUGCAACAAGCUGCGCCACCCGGCCUGCACUACUGGUGUCCGCAGUACACGAGCGCGACCACGAACGGGUUACAGCAACUGCCCAUCGCACCCCCACAGCUGCAGCAGCAUCCUCAACAAUUGGUAGCGCCAUCUUCCUGUGACCACUACUACUGCCACGGGCAGCAACAGCUGAGGUGGUGGCGGUCAUCGUCCAGACGCGGGUGAAACGUACUCCUGCAGUUGUCAUUAUUAUUGGUUGUUGUUGUUUCUUCUUUUUUUCACGCUCGUUUGCGGGCAGUUUUUGUUUUCAUAAAACUAGUUCAGAUUUUUGCCUGCCGUUGACGGGUGCAGUGUAGGCAGGCAGUCAUCUCGAGGCAAUCCAUUUGGGUAGUGAAGCGAAAGAAAUGUAGGAAGAAAACGAAGAAAUUGUAUGCACUAAGGAAAUUUAUGCCAAACUGCUUUCGGUUGUAGGAAAAUAUUGAACCGGUCCGGGGAUGGUGUAAUCCCUUGUCGGUGAAGCAUAAUAGAUAGAUAGCAGAGUGGCAGAAGCUGGUUCUGGUUGGUUGGUGCAGCAGAUUCACUGCCGCAACCAAGUCUGUUAAGUUACAGAGCAAACAAUCAAACUUCCAGUGGGAAACAAGCCGUGCUGUGCUGCCUCAGUGUUAGUGCAAGUGCUUAUAUGUAGUGAAUAAGGAGAAAUAGUGAAAUUGUGAAGGUAGGAAGCGAAGAAGAAGAAGCAAAAGAAAAUAAAAAAAGGCAUGUUGAUAAUCAAGUACGGAGAGACUCACUUUCCGCCGCUGUAAUAUGUAGUGCAUGAUGAGCAAUGAAAAGUAGCAACAACAAGAAGAGUAGUAGCAGCAGCAGCAGCUUCCGGAAUCUGCACUCGUUCAGCUCGAUAGCAGCCUCGGCGACCGGAACGUUCGGUUUGGCCUCGGCGGGAUCGGGACUGUCGUCUUCGUCGUCGUUGUCAUCCUUGUCCUCACCGUCGCUGCUGUCGACGGGAGGAGGAGGGGUUGGUGAUUUGGAUAUGAAAAAAUCGCAGAAACCAAGACACGAUGAGCAGGAUAUCAGGAUGGACCGCAGAGAACGCGACAAGCAAGCACGAGAACGGCAAAUGCAGGCUGAACGUGACGUCGAACCAGCCCUGCCUAUAUUCGCCGCUCCGGUCAAAGUGCUCAGCCCAUCCGACGUGGACAUGCAGAUUCAAUCCAAACUCGGGAACUUCGAGUACGCCCGGAAGCACAUUCUGGACAACGUGGUGGGCAUCUCGGCCAGCCCGGCCACCCCGCGGUCCAACGCUCCUCCAAUGCAGACGCCAAAUAGCCUCACCAAUUCCAUCAGCUCCCUGGUUGGGGCCGGUGGGAUCUUUCCGACGCCGUCGGCGGUGUCGAUGUCCUCGCAGCAACAGUACUAUCGAGCGCCAAAAACCAAUAGCAAUAGCAGUAGUAGCAACAGCAGUAGUAGUAAUAGCAACAGUGCCGCCGUUGGUGCCAGUGUAAAUAGUACCGGGAGCAGUAACAGCACCGGUAGUAGCGCAAACUUUGUGAAACCCACGGACAAUCGACCGAUCUACAACGGCCGUUCGUCGUCCGGCCGGCACUACGGUUCGUCAUCGGCCGGCGGGACCGGUCCGGGAGCCUUCUCCAAGCAUGAGGUGCACUCGAAAGGACCUUCCUCGGUGCCUGCCUCGCUGAUGAAUGGCCGCCCGACCGGUCCCGGACCCAUCGGCGACAAGUUACCCUCGCAACUGCUGAACGGACGUCUGCCGCCUCCUCAGGUGUCAAACGCAAAAAUGCUUCCUAGAGUAGCGGAACCGUCCACACCGUCGAAAACGUCCGGCAACGUGGAGCAGAUCCUGAGCGAAGUCAAACUGUUCAACAUUGGGACGCCGCUGACGGAGAUUGGCGCCACGCCGCGGAAGGAACCGGAGACGUACAAUCUGAACAACCAGAACAAACACAAGUACGCGCCGAACCCGGUGCUGAUGAAAACUUCCUCCUCCUUCAAGGCGCCAUUGAGCGCAAUUUCUUCGUUUUUGAAACCGAUAAGUGCUAUUGAGGAUGAACCGAACGCAUCGGAUAGCGACGAUGGUGCCUACAAAAAGAAACGCAACUCAAGUGAUACCUCAUCAAACGACAGUGCAGACGAGUCGUCCAGCGAGGAUUCGAACGUUGGUAACAAAAAUACGAUGGUUAGUAGUGGUGGGGUCACCAUUGCCGGCAAUAGUGGGCCCGGUCCAGGUGGUGGACCUGGUGGCGGAGGAGGAGGAGGAGGAGGUGCUACGGGAAUGGUGACAGGCAAUAGUUCCACUGCCACGGGGAACAGCACUCCUCCACGACCGAUGGCCGCUUGGUCAUUGGUCAAUUUCCUACAGCCACAGGUGCCAAGUGAGGCGGGUUCCGGUAAUCCGCAAUCCGGGGGAGGGGGGAUGAACAAUUCGGACUCGGUGGGGUCCAAUCAGAAUCUGAACGAGAAUGACAAUUCGUGCUCGCCAUUGAUGCCUGGAUCGCCCUUGAUGAUAAAAAAUGAACCACCAGCAAUUGAGGAGGAUCAUUUGUCGAAUAGUAGUAGUAAUAAUGAGACGGUUUUUGUCAAACAGGAACCGUAUCCUAGUGAGAAUAGUACGUCUUCACCCAGUGGUGCUGGAAUUCCAACGGCGACGCCUCGUUCAGCAUUGCCGGGCUUGAAUGGUGAAAGUUUACCAGAUUUCAAUAAAUUGAGCGAUAUUAAGAACGAUCUGGACCUGUCUAGUCCGGCGAAAAGUCCGGAAAAGAGUCCAGAGAAGGAAGUAAACGAUCAAAUUGAUAGUGUAGACGAAAACGAAGUUAGUAGUGCUUUGUUGAAGGCGAAAGAGCUCCAGAAUAUACAACCUUUAUCGGGCAUAUCCGAUAUCGACGACAAUAAUGUUAAACAACAGAGCGGAUUAGGGGUGCUUAGUGCGGGUAGUGGCAGCAUCGGGCGUGUGUCUCAAAAGGUCAAACGAAAGAGGAAAACUAACAAAACCUUUCAAGAUAGGGAACGGGAUCAACAAUCCAGUAGUAGUGAUGACGAUGGAAUCGGAAGUUCUCAAAGGAGCAGGUCUCAAUCUUUCGAGAAGGAUAAAGUUAGCAAAGGGCGAGGUCGACCUAGGAAAAAUCCACCCACGACGGGGGGAUCUUCGGUGGUGGGUUCGUCCAGUGCCAGACAAUCGGACGCCGAUUCGGUGACCAGUAACAACAGCAAAAGGAGACUUUCAAUCUCUUCUACCAAAACGGUCGCUUCCACACCUAGCAAAAAGGAUGCUCCCAGUACACCAGCCAAAAAGACUACAUCCCGGAAACGGUCAUCCAAAGCCAACCAGAAAAUCACUAGCCGAGAGGUGCUCACGACGACGGACGAUUCGGACGCGGAACCCAUGCGUAAUAGAAAGGACACCGCUUCCGAAAGUACCAAAGUUAUUCAACCAAGUCCGACGAAGGCAUCGGUCAAUCUGCUAAUGCCACCGAAACUGGCGGGAGAUGUAGACGAUCUGUCUUCGGAUAGCAAUACAGAAUUGGUAUCACCACAAAGAAGGACCACAAUCAUAUCGCCUCCAUUUCAACCAUCAUCAAUUUCCAAGGUGGUACCGAGGAAGACUUCCACUUCGACCUCUAUCGACGAUGACGAUGAUGACGACGACGAUGACGAUGAGAAAGUAGUUCGAUCGGAUAGUGAUUCCGGUAGUCUCAGCGAUGGAGCGGUGAAGAAGGAGAAGAAAAGUAACAAAAUUAGUGACCAAAAGAAGAAGGAUACACUCCGGAAGCUCUUCACCAUAAGUAAGGAAGGAGGUGCCAAAGGUGGCAAGGGUGGCAAAGGCAAGGGUCAAGUAGUGAUCGAAGAGGUUCAUCACUCCAAGGCUUCUUCUAUUCAGACCACCGUCAACACGACCCCCAACUCUAAAAGCCAUCUAUCGAGCGCAACGCCCCAGUCGGAUGUACCGCGUGUAAUAACAACUCCACCUCUGGUUCCGAACGUUACAAACGAGAGCCGCUCCACUCCAUCGUCGGCGUCCUCUGCCACCGUCGCCCCCGCCACUGCCACCGUGACGGAAAAAGUGCUUUUAUCACCUGCCAAUACUGCCUUAAACAACAUUUCCCUCAUCUGCCGAAUCGAAUUGAGUCGCCUGUUAAAAAUACCACCGCCGCCGCCUGCCAAACAGCAGCUGGCCAAAGCGAACGAAAGCUACAGCUCCCAGCGCAGUGCCUCGGCUCGACACAAGAGCCCUCACGAAAUCAACAAGAAACGUCGCAACUCCAUAGCUGGCCACUGUUUUGAAACGCAGGGACAGCGGAGGUCUAACGAGGACAAAUCUCUGUCCAAUAGCAGUGGCGGUUCCUACCGACUGACCGAAGGAAUCGAUCCGAAGCUGACCAGUGAUCCACUACUGCUGGAGAACGGUCGCCAUCGGAGCAACAGCAACGCUAGUGAUCAUCAAUCUCGAGAACGGUCCAGGGACUACCGGGACAUUGUUUCUCCAUCGUUACCGCCUCAUCACCAUCACAACAAUCACAAUCUAUCUGCGUCAUCCAUGUCGUCUUCGGGGUCGGGAUCGGCGCAAAAACAACCCCCGUCUGCCAAGCAGCACCUCACGUAUGACGAAAAGUUACCCGCCAAAAGUGAAAAACUCCAGUAUGGAGCCAGUAGUAAUAGUAACAGCAAUAGCACCAACUAUCCAAUUAAGGAAGACAAAUCCGCAAUACUCUACGGCGCUGCAGGCAGCAGUAAACCUAUUAACAUUAAGCACGAAAACCUUAUCAAGCAGGAGUAUCCGGAGGGCGAAGAUAGUAAACUAUCGACUGCCGCCCUGCCGAAACUGCAACAGCAGCAACCGCCUUCGUCAGCGUCGUCAUCCCAGCAACAGCCGCAGUCGGAUGGCAGCAGCCGAAGAAAACGCACAUCCAGUUCCAGUAGUAGUUCCUACAAGGAAAAACGACGAAAAAAGGAUAAGGGUGGUAACAAUGCCCAGACUGACGCCUUUGACCAAAUGCCUCCAACCAAUCACGACCGGUUAGAGGCGGACCAACAACAACAACCACCUAACCAUCUGCCUCCUGCCGUUGCUGUCACAACCGCCACCACAGUUCACGUUCCAUCUAAACCCGCCGCCGUCGGCGAUUCCGGAGACCCGGUGGGCAGUGGAUCGGUGGGUACCAUACCGCCGCCGGCGCCGGUGAUCAAGAAAAUCUAUGUAUCGUACUUUGAACGUUCCAACGAUGACGAGCUGGAGGUUCGGGACCAAAAUCGGUACCUCUCGGAGGCGAAACGGCUGAAGCAUGCCGCGGACCGGGAAGGGGACCACCUGGCGCAAGCCAUGCUCUACCUGGAAGCGGUGCUGUUCUUUCUGCUGACCGGCGACACGAUGGAACGGGACCCGAUUACCGAGAAGGCUGCCUUCACCAUGUACAAGGAUACGCUCAGUUUGAUCAAGUACAUCUCGUCGAAGUUUCGUAGCCAGCAGCAACAUCCGACAGUACAGGGCAACAUCCAUAGUAAAGUGGCGAUUUUAAGUUUGCGGUGCCAAUCGUUGAUCUAUCUUAAAUUGUACAAAAUCCGUCGGCACGACUUCAAGGACGUCCAGCGUACAAUCACGGAGUACAACCAGAAACCGAACCAACCGGUUUCGGCCGAUAUCGUCAACGGGAACACCCCCUCGCCACUGUCGCCCACGUCGAGCUCCGGUUACUGCUCAGGUCAAACUGGUCAAACGGGUCCCAUUCCGGGUUCAUCCAUCAGCUCUUCCCCCUCGCCGUGCUUGCUUAUGCCGGUGCAGGUACACAUGGCAUAUCAAAAGCAAGCAACUCUGUUCAGCCAUCUGUUCAACUGCCAGGACCUUUGGGAACAGGCGGAUAAUCUGGUGAUACGGGGGAACCACACAGAUUUCUUUAUCGAUCUGGACCACGAUAACGGACCGAUGACCCUACACAGUUCGCUGUACAACGUGGUCAAGUAUGUCCAGGCUGGUAUCCAGAAGCUCCGACGAAUGUAAUUCGUCUGUAGGUAAAAGUCUGAGCAAGCACGCGGAAAAGCCAAUCAACAACAGUUAGCCGGUACUGCUCCCGAUUCAGUGCAGUUGGGGCUCAUCCUAUCGCGUUAGAAAACUUGCGCGCAAAAUCCAAAGGACUGAAACAAACAAACAAACAAACCAACCAAUCAUCACGUUCUAGUUGGAAGGAGUUAGAACUCGUUUAGAGCGGACGCGGGCGCCGCCGUCGUCAGUGACUGACAAUAAAAUCGUAUCCCCUGGUGGUGUGGAUCUCGAUAUCAUCUCGUUGAGACCCUAGGACCACCGGGGGAAGGGAAAUGGUUGUUUCCGGACAGGACGAAAGUCGCAACAUUUUUUUUAAGUUGUUUGCAACGGAAGAAGCUGUGAUUUGAAUAGAGAACGAUAGUGAAUUGGAAGCAGAGUCAGGAGAGUAUGAACGAACGAAUUAUUGGUGAUUGAGGUGGGAUAAUUUUAGUGUUUAGUAGCUAGCCAGCAGGACCAUUGGACAGAGAUUUCUUUUUUUUUUGUUAUGGGGAAGGGGGUCGGGGCGUUGAGUAUGCGCUAGCUUUAAUAUUGUUUGAAGAUAAGGGCAACAUGAAAUCUAGGUUUUGUUCGACAGUUAUUUGUUUUACGGAACGCGGUGCUGUUCAAGUUUAUUAGCCUGUUGAAUAGGGUUUACCGAUGAAGUUAUCUACCUUUCAAGCAGCAUGACUCAUUUGGACAGCCUAAGUUUUCCUAUCAUUACCUUUUUUAUUCUAACUUCUUAUUAUACGUACUUUUCAUUUAUUACAUUUGACAUUUCCAAAAUUCAAAAGUUCAAUGUUGUUAUUAUUAGAUUUCUUUCCGAAAUUAGUGCUGUCCAAUGAGCAGCUCGAAGUUGUACCCGUCCUGCUCGUUCUUUUUUGUCAACAAAUGGGCAUGAGCAGGACAGGAAGAAACUUCGAGCUACUUCAAGCUCUCAUUGGACAGCACUAUUGUGUGUAGGCAUGCGAGGUAAUGACCAUGAAAAUUUUUCGAUUCUACCUAAACGAAAAAAGAUGAAGCGGGUUUUUUUAAUUGAUCGCUUUGGGUUGCAAAGUUCGUUCAAAAGCGUAUCUCUGAAGAAUCUUGAUUUGAAAGCUAUUUUUUAAAUUAGUGUUUAAAAAAAUAUCACGUGGUCUCGGAAAAAAAAAUUGUAGAGUCGCCAAUUAAAUGACAUGUUUAUAUGUGCCAUGUAAUGCACGGCACUCACUGGCAUAACAGUCCCAUUUGACUUUUCGUCACUUUUGAGUAAAUCCAAUUAAUUUUUAAUGUAGGCACUUCCAAAAAUUAUAAUAAAAAUUGCAUUUUUUAUGUCUAUGUGUGAAACAAAAACAAGAUCUAAAUGAUGUUUAAUAAUAUUUUUUUUAAGGUUCAAAUGUUUAAAUUACCGUCAUCUAGUCAUUUACGAGAAAGACAGCCACGUGCUCAUACCACCCCCCAGUAACAAAACCACCCACCGAGGAGAAAAAACAAUUUCCAGCUGGAUGGGGGAAGUAUUUUUGUUUCAAAACUACAUCAUCCAAUAGCGAAGACAUAAUUAUAUCCGGUGGAUGCUUCAUUUGGUUGUAUUUCGCUUAAGUUUUCAAAAAAACUGCAUUUUGCAACAUUUUAUUUCAAGAGGGGAAAUCGACGAUUUACUCUCACGCACUCUAAAAUGUAAGAGAGCGUAUGAGGUAUGAGCACGUGGCUGUCUUUUUCUUAAAUGACUAGAUGACGGUAAUUUGAGCCUUAAAGCUUGUUAAGUCUCAGUAUGCGAAAACAACGUGGGACUGAUAUGCAAAUGGGGGCAGUUGUAGCAGAAAAUCGUACCUACUCCACAUGCAAUAGGAGAAUUGUUUUAGAAUUAUCUCAAGCACAAUUGAUGUAUUGGAAUUCAAAGCUGAAUACAGCAGCUAGUUUGGUUUAUACAGUGGAGCCGAGUCCGUAGAGGGAAGAUUUUAUGCUUCAAGUCGUCCCCGAAAUCCGGGAGAAGGUAAAGCUGACGAUGGCCAUUGGUUGUUUUGGACAGUUGCCGGAGCCGAUGAAUGGUGCUUCCGAGGGGUUAAUUUUGAAUAGUUGUUAAUAUUGAACGAAGGCGGUUGAAUUCGAGCUGGCUCACUCUUCACGUUGAACUUUUUUCUCUUUUCUAAAAAUGCUGCUCGCUUGGAGCAUUUAUUAGCGGUGGCCUCAUGCUUUGCAAUUGACGCACUUGACGUCGAUCUGCUGCAUGUCAGGAUUUUUUGCGAUGAUAAACCAGAGGCACUUCUCGGUGUGAUGAUCCUCGCCGCACUUGGUACAUCAAGGAGACAGAUAGCAAUUUCUGGUGCCGUGUCCGAAGUUGCAGCAGUUCAUGCACUGCGUCACGUCUCUGUGCUUUGGACGGUACCGUUGCCACUCAACAACAGUAUGGUCGAUGACAUUCACAUUCUUCAGUUCCCCGAACGAGAUAGAACCGUGCUUCAAAUGGACCAAAUAGAGUUGGUCGCGGUAUUUUCGUGUCUUGUCCUGUCUUGCGAUCUUGUAAACCCCGGUGGGAAGCAGACCACUGUCCACCAGUAAUUUUGCAGUUCCUCGACAGGAAGAUCGUUGAGAGCACGUAGACGACCUUUAACGGCUUGUCGCUGGGGAUGUCGUAAGUAAAAUAUUCGUUCUUGUUUUGCUUCAACAAGUCCAGCAGCCUACAAUGCUGGGGUUUAGAAUCGGCCUUCAGCUUUAUUCCAUCCGAUUCAUCCGAACAUAGUUUGAUGGUGCAUUUUAGAGUGCCACUCGCAAUGCGAUCAAGCAGCAAGGAGCACAGAUUGGCGAGCACUUCUCUUUCUGCUCAGGCAGAUUUUCGUGAUGUUGCAGACUUUGGUUCUUCUUCUGCUUCUUGCCAGUGGAACACCAGCGCAAGGAUGUUAUCAAAAUGUAUUGUAUGGUGGACUUUUAGUGCGAAGGUUUUUCUACAACUCUUCUUAACAGGUCGAUGUUCGAAAUCCACUAUUAAAGGAGUUAAGGUGCUAGUUGCUGUACUCAUACUAAAUGAUAACAAAAUAUGCAAUCAUUUAGUCUAAGUUACUGCUGCUAGCGAUAUAGCUCCCUUAUUAGUGAAAUUCAAACAACGAACUGUUAGGCAUGGUUGUAGAUAAACCUUUGCACUAGAAGUCCACCAUACAAUACAUUAUGAAAUUUAGCCUCUGGAAUGAGUUAUUGUCAAACUACUAAAUGAUCGAAGGCAGAUUACUAAAUGAUCGAUAACAUCCUUGCACCAGCGUCGUUGUCCUGCAGGGAGGAAUAGAUGUUGUUUCUAAGCACCUUUAUCCUCGCACCUUUGCUCGCUGUUGAAUUGGCUGCCGUAUCACCCAACACGGGAUCUCCAGUAGCCUUGCGAGCAAAGGCGUAGGAUUGCCAAUCCGGAGAUGGCGAGUUCGAUUCUAGGUCCGGUCUAGGAUGUUUUCGGGUUGGAAACUUUCUCGAUACCCUGGGCAUAGUGUAUCCUUUGUACUUGCCACACAAGAUACAUACUCAUGCAAUGGCGGGCAUAGAAAAGCUUUCAAUUAAUAACUGAGGAAAUACUAAUACUAAUAGAAAGUUGAAAAGCAGGCCAAGUUCCAGUUGGAAUGUAGAGCCAUUUAAGAAGAAGAAGAAGAAGAAGAAGAAGAAGAAGAUCACCCAUAACGGGAUCCAACACAACAGUCGCCAACGCGAACUGAACUUUUCACGAAUACGAACGAAGCCGAAUUGAAAAUACAAAAGAGAACCGCAAAACGACCGAUGGGAUCAGAAGUCGGGCUGAAACUAAAAGGGAGAAUCUUGAAAGGCAGACUUUCUUGUACAAAAGACGGAUUAUAUCAUAAGGCCUAAUUACAAAAGGCGGAAUUUCAAAAGAUAGAAUUUUAUAUUUUUACACACACGUCUGUUUGAGGUAAAAGAGGGUAUAUUUUAUUCUUUGAAAGCUCGCACUUCCCCUUUCUAAGUUGAAGGAGGAUAUGGUUACUUCUUUUAAAGCACGCUCCUCCGUAUAUUUGUCUACUUUCUAUCUAUUGGAAUCUCAUCUCAUAACUGAAACACUAGCAGACUCUCAGCUUAGUAGAGGAGGAAGAGGCAAGAUCGCCACCCGGGACAAGAUGAGCACCCCUUAAUUUGACCGUUAUUAUUCCUUUUUCUCUCUAAAUUGACAGAAAAAAAUAUUUUAAAAAGAAAAUGAAUCUGAAAUGCACAUAAAUUUGCAAAAGUUUUUGAAAAUUUGGAUUUUCUUAUAAGAAAUCAGCAUCAGCAAAAUACUAAAACUCUUUUGCACAACCUACAAUAAUGAUUUACUAUGCGCUGAAUCUGUUGAGUAACGUACAUUAUCAAAUUUACUGACUUUUUAAACUUAUUUCUGUUAUUCAGUGUGAUUUUGAUGGUAUAAUGAAAAAUAAUAACUUAUCGAUCCAAAAAACAGUUUUAUUUUUUUAAUAUGAUCAAUGCGUAUUAAAAGCUAUUACUUCUUGUUAAUAUUGAUGGUCUAAUACAUUUCAGUUGGAAAAAAUGAUUUUUAUAAGGGUGCUUAUCUUGCCCCGUAGCAUAUUUAAACCAAUCAAAAACAGGGUUUUAGUUAAGUCACAUUUAUCGGGAUUACCUUUUUUUUUAAAUUCGCCUUCAAGUCUAGAUCUUAGAUAGGAGGCAACAAAAGACAACUGUCGUAUUAUAAUAAAGAAAAGCUUAACCUUCUGUCUGUGCUAAAAAAACUUCUUACGUUGUCUGUGCUCUGGGGUCAUAUUGACCCCAAAUUGAAAUCAUUAUAACUUUGUUAUUGUUUGGCCAAUUUCGGAUUUUUUAAGCAGUUCCGAAAGAUAAUUUAAUCAUCUUUCAGGACGUUUCCUAAGAUUGGUCAUAGGUAGGCGGGAACCUCGCGGGGAGGGGUUUUCGUGAAAAAGGUUAAUUGAUAUUUUGUGCUUAUUCUACUUAUACAUAUUUGAAAAACCUACUCAAUGCAUCUUUUCAAAAAGGUAAUGCAAGAAGGCGUGUGCUUUGACAUGAGGCAUUGAUUAGUUCAGAACUUGGCCGCUAGGUGGUGGUAUAUGUGAAAUCAUUAUCUUAGACUAACUCAAGAUAUUCAGGUAUAUGGAAUUUUCUACAUUUUAAAUAAAAAUAUGUCUUUAGAUGAACUUAUCUGGACUGUCUUAUGACGGAGAAAAUAAUUAGGAAUUUAAAACUAGGCGGCGCUAGUGUGCUUACAAUAUUCUUGCAUGUGUGAAAUAUUGCUCUAGCUUGAGAUCCUUUGUACCUACACCUCUACACCUAGUAGACUCAACUUUUCUUCUUUCUGUCUUGUCUCUGGUUACACGCGUAGAUUCAAAGGCAUUAACCACAGUACCGUGUUUUGCAAAAACACCGCUCCGCGAGGUUCCUGCUCACCUAUGGCCAAUCUUAGGUAAUGUCCUGAAAGAUGAUUAAAUUAGCAGCCCAAAAAAUCAAAAUUGGCCAAAGAAUAAAAAGUUAUAACGAUUUCAAUUUGGGGUCAAUAUGACCCCAGAGCAAAGACAAAAGGUUAAUCUUAAAUUAACAAAAAAAAACACGUUAAUAAAGAAAAAAAUAUAUAGAAAAGCAUGCUUGCUGAGGUGGUAUCAAUUAUCAUCCUUAGGGUGCUCAAUAAGCACUGCUCAUCCUGCACCGUUCUACUCUAUCCAUUAAGCACUUUAUAAAACCUACUUUUGACCCCGGAACCUAAAAGCUCGGGUUCGGAGGGAAACCGGCAGCAAACCCCAGACUGCUGGUCUAGAGCCAACGGCAGUCUUUGGGGUGGGUACUCAAGACCUCUUUUGGAUUCCGGGUCUCAGGUCGUACGGACGCUGGGGAUAUUUCGGAUCACGGGAACCUAAAUUGGACGUAGUAGUCACGGUCAAACAGCGCUUUAUUGGGCUACUCUGGCCCCUGCACGGGGCUAUUGAAAGGGCGUCUUCUUGGAAGGGCCCGGUGUCGAUGUAGCGAUCACGAUCGUCCGAUUGAGGGGCGAUGAAAACUGCACGGACAGGCGGAUGCUUCGAAGAAUGCUGCGGGAAGGAAGGUGCGAGGUAGGGCGAUCUUGGUACAAUGGCGACGUUGACCACGUUGGACUACGACGACGACGGUGACUUCAACAGCUGACGUGAACGACGGACCAGGUGGUGUCGGGAAACGAGAUGGUGGUCCCCAAAGGACCGGCAGCGGUUAUUGGAGCUUGGCAACCGCCACGUACUAUGUGGCCACGAUGGCAUCUAUGGGAAAUAGAAUGGCAGCCCAGUUGGAGAUAUAAUGGUUCGAGGACGGCAAAUCCAGCCGGCGGAGGUGGUGACUUUGGUUUUAGCGUUUGUAACAACGGAAGCGGUUCAGUAGGAAGGCUUUCGCCGGCUUCGAUGAUUAGAGUCCCAGCCCAUGGAUGUCUGUAUCCGUUCGAUACAACGCGGGAUGAUUUACCGAGCAACUAUUCGUCGAUGGCUCCACGACACGAAUGCGGCUCUGAGCCUAAGGCUACGAAUAACGAUUUGGAACCCUUCUUAAACACACGGUUGGGGUUUCAACUUAAAUUUAACUACCAGAUCGCAAAAACGUGUCUACUGGAUCCUUUCGAGUAUAAGUGUUGCACUCCGUUUUCUUUAAAGAAGCGUCUCUAUCCAGGAGUUAACACCAAAUGCCCACUCACGCCGUUUUCCAGCUCUUUCCCGCCCAAAAACCAUCAAUCGAUCCCAGUUUGGCCUCUCUUCUUCAGUUCAGUGGAUCUCUUCGCCCACUCGGCACCCAGAUUAUAUUUAUCGCUCUGCUGCGCUACGCGCAUAUAUCGACUGCCCCGUGCCCACGCGCGUCGAUAUGAAAUGACCGUUGGAGCAAAUCGAAUGAACCUUCACAAUUUUUGUCCCUAUUUUCCGUGAUCAAGGCUCUAAAUCAAUGAACAAUUGUUACCCGCCGGUAACAACUUCCAGAGUUAUUAAGUGUACUAUUUCCAUGCUUUCCCACCCAAAAACAUCUCAGACCGUAUAGAGAUCAGUAUGGUUAUGGUAUGUAAAGUGUAAAGUGAUAUGUCGCUGAGCUACGGAAGGUAUCCUCCCCAUUAAACAAUAAGAAAGUAUGCACCUGACCGAUCAAAGGCCAAAGGAUAUCUUAUUAUAGAGAAAAGGAGAAUCACGCAAGGCAGAAUUGCAUUGGGCUGUUUUAACUUAGGCGGACAUUUCGAACCACCAGAUCAAACGACCGGUCUAAGUUAAAACGGUCCAAUGCAAUUCUGCCUUUUGUGGUUCGGUCUUUCGUGUUUCUGCCUUUUUUAUCGUUCCGCCUAUCGCUCAUUCUGCAUUUCGUAUUCCGCCUUUUGUGCUUUCCCUCAUUCGUGCUUCCGUUUUUCUCAGGACACCCAGUUCUCCCAACAGCUGUCGCAACUUGUGGUUUAUUCGCCUCCUCCACGUACCGUUCGUUAUACUACCUACCUACUACCUCGAUUUCGUUCCCACCGAUACAAACUCGUGGUGGAUGGCUAACAUUGUCCUCUCAUGAGCCUCUUCCUAUCAUGUGCUUCGUCUUCGACGUAUUGAUGACUAGUCCGAUCCGCUUUGCUACCCUCUAACAGUCUGAUGUAGGUUUCUUCCAUCUUCUCAAAAUUACGUGCCGUAAUAUCAAUGUCGUCGACGAAACGAAAUAGCACAAUGCACCAAAAAAAUUUGCAAGAGCUCACCUUUUGGGGAAUAAAGGAUACGUAAUUGCUUUUCGACCUAAUUCCGAUGCUCCACAUUAGUUGAGUGAAUGAAAGGAUUACUGCAGGGCGAAUUUAUACUUGCCAGAUUUCUUUUUUUUAUGACUAAAUUGUGACAAUAUAAACAUAUAAUGGUAUCUUGAGGUAUUAUGUGAACAACAAAAGAAGACUUUUUCCAACCUGUUUUUGAGAUUGCUAAUUUAUUGGAUUUUGCUAUCCAAGAUCACAUAAUGCUCCAAGGGUAGAAUGACUAACCUGUAGAGAAAAAACUAUUGACUAGCACCACGUUCCGUAUAUCUUCAAAUCGAUAGAAAGCAUUAGCGCCAUUUAUUUCGUUCGUUUUGAAUGUCCACUCGUUUCAGUAAGUCAAUUUUAGCUCAUACAAAUUUGAUGACAAGCAACAAGAGAAUAGAGAAGCACAAUGAAUGUAGCUUUCGAACUCACAUCAAAGAUUAGGUAAAAUGAAUAAAACAAAUGAAAUAAAAACUAGCGACUUGUUUAAAUUAUUUCCUUACUACUGUACGAUGAUGUUUCAACGCAGUUGAAUUCCCAUGCAAAGAAACGAUCCUCAUCGUCGUUAACUAUCCAGUAGCGACGUGCUGUUGUUGAACUCUUUAUUUAUAUAAUUCAAGGAAAAUUAUUUCUGUUUUAGUUUUAGGUUAUUUAAUCUAUUAUUUUAAUUUAAAUCGGUGGUAACUUACAAUUUAAGAAAGACUCAGUAGAGGAAACCAUGCAUGUAGCAUAGCUGGAUACUAAAUCACACUAAAUACUACUGGAAACUAUUUAAGAGGCAAUAAUGCUCAAACCUUAAGACUAGAUUGACCCAAAAGGUCCCUCUCGUUCGUUGCAAUUUUCUCAUUUUUUAGUUUUGCCAUCUGUUACACUAUUAUUUUGGUGAUUUCUAUUUUUUAUUUUUAUGUUUGUCCAUUCGGCUAGUUGAAUUUUAUCUUUGGAUGUUUUCUUAUGUUUUGCUUUCUAGACACAAUUUAAAUUUGUACCUUUAUUUUAGAACUCCUAUCCUCUGAAAACGGUUUCAUAUCAUAAAUUUAAAAAAAUACUACUCAAGGAUUACUCAUUUCUUGAGUUGGGAUAUUCUCAACCUAGGCCAGAAAGCGAUAGAGAACAGGAAUAAUGAUAUGUGAAAUGCUAGAGAUACCAGAGAAGCUUCUACAACACAAGUGAUAGAGCGUGCAGCAAACAAAUACCAAGAAGGGAAAUUUAAACAGCAAAAAUACAAUAUUUAAACAUUUACACGAACACAAAAAGGCGAACAAAAAUACAUAAACACUAAUAGAACGUAAGAUUGCAAGAAAGUCAAUGAUUCGAUUGUGGGCUUUUCACAUCGAACCAAACACUCACACAACAGAAUGUCUAAAUAACGAACUAAAAACAGAUGAUCAACCAUGAUAAAACGAGAGAAGCAAAUUUGUAAGUACCAUUAUAACAAAAUAACACGAGAAGGUAUGGAAUACAUUAUAUUCAUACAACUUGGCUUUGAAAGUUCAAAACUAUCAAUUGCUACACAAUUAAUCCUAAUGAACGAAACAAGCAGUACAUAAAAUGCUGAAAACCAGAAUACUAUUUAUACACAUUAUAGGUUUUAGGUGCGAUAGGUACUUCCCUGAAUAACAACCAAACAUAGAACACUAUGCCUAUAUAUAGUUGUAGUGCGAAACUAAUGACGAAUAUCGGGCGAGGGGAAUCGGAAUCGCGGUAAACGAAGGUCCUAGCUAUGAAUCACACACACAUCCGCACAAAGUGGACGAAAUGUGAUUGAAUUGAUGGUCACUGAUCGGUUCUAUUUGAGAGCACAGUCAAGCAAGAUACCAGACGUGAGGGAUGAUCAUAAAACCUUAGCGAAAUACUAAAAGGGAACUACGUGAGAAAAACAAAAUGCAAUUUAGGGAAGGAAUGAUUAACUGAAAGGAGGUGGUAGAACAGAACAAUUUGUACAUAACUAUAUAUACAUUAUUAUAUACUAUUAUUAUUAUUGCUAUUAUAUUAUUAUUAUUAAAAUUAUUACAAUUAUGUAGAAAUUUUAGAAUAAAAUCAGAUUGAAAAAAUCCGUA